AUGGCGUGCACAUACGUCCUAAACUAUAUGGACAAAGUCGCUUUGUCCGAAGCCUCCAUAUUUGGCAUUAAAGAAGAUCUGAACCUCGUGGGACAACAGUAUAGCUGGUCAUCCUCAAUUUUCUACCUGGGCUACCUGGUCUGGCAAUAUCCCAGCUCUCUCUUGAUGCAGAAGCUUCCCAUUGGUCGGUACUUUGGCGUGAUGAUCUUCCUAUGGGGCCUCACCGCAUGCACAACGGCAUUCACAAAAGACUUUGCAACACUCUGCGUCAACCGCGUCUUUCUCGGUGUUUUCGAAUCCUGUAUGUCACCCAUUCUUACGAUCCUCAUCUCGCAGUACUGGACACGAGAGGAGCAGCCCCUUCGCACAUCGCUAUGGUGGUCCGCCAGCGCUGUCGGUGCUUUCAUGGCCGAUGCCAUAACAUACGGCCUCUCGGGUAAAGAUCAUUCGGGCUCUAAGUAUGCCGUCUGGCAAGUCAUUUACCUCGUCUUCGGGCCGAUGACAAUGUUUUGGGGCGUUGUUGUCUUUUUUGGUGUCCCGGCGUCACCUCUGACCGCAUGGUUCUUCAGCAAGAGGGAGCGGGAUAUCGCUACUGAUAGGGUCUUGAAAAAUCACACCGGCAUUAAAAACACUGAGUAUAAAUGGAACCAGGUCCGGGAAUGCCUGAUGGAUCCCCAGCCGUGGAUACUAGCGAUACACGCCUUUCUUCAAUGCCUGCAGGGAGGCGGUCUAACAUCGUUCUCUAAGAUCGUGUUGACCCAGACCCUCGGCUACUCGAGUCGCCAAGCCACUUUGAUGGGCAUGCCGUCCAACACCAUCCACCUCGUCUCGGUGGUCUUUGCUGGCUGGUUUUGCACUCGUUUCAAGAAUACUAGGUGCUACGUCAUGAUCGCAACGAACGUGAUUGUCUUGAUAGGAGCGGUGUUGGUGGACAACCUUCCACAAUCCAACCAUAAAGGUCGACUUGCGUCUUUCUACAUUAUCUAUGUGAAUACCGUCCCUUUCGGACUUGGCAUGAGCAUGCUCUCCUCGAAUAUCGCAGGAUUUACCAAGAAGUCCACCGCGAGCGUCAUGAUGUUCCUGGGCUACUGUCUUGGCCAAUUCACCGGCCCUCAAUUCUUCAUCACGCACGAGGCCCCACAGUUCCAGACUGCUUUCAAAGGCUUCUACUCCUCAGUCUCUGCCAUGAUUGGUUUGGAAAUCAUUUUGCUGGAUGAUUUAGAUCUUACGGAUUGGCAGCAAGGCUCGUUUAGGCAUCGCGGGAAGAGGAAGAGCACGCCAAGACAGCCGAGUGGUACAGAGAUGAGCCCGCAGACCCAGACGACCUUUUCAGUGGCCGAGACGGAUGCACCGGACUCAUUCGAACCAUCGUCACUCGCAAUGCUUGAUGCGGCGGCGAUGCCUUGGAUGGAUGGGAUAUUUGACUCGUAUCCAGACCAGCAAUGGGACUUGAGUCCGGACUCUACAAUACUGUACAAUGGAACUGCGCAAACUUGGCUCCCGCAAACGGAUUCGCCUGGCCAAAUCUCCGCUGACUUCAACGUGGGCAGCCUGUCCUCAAGUUCCCCUCAGACAGUCUCUGAUCGGGUCCUGGCACAGCACUAUACGCAAAACUUGGCGUCAAAAUACAGCUCCAAGGGCCAGACUUGGAACAAUCACACAUAUUUCUUUAAUCGCUUCAACUCGAGCCACUCGUUUGUGAUAUCGGCUCUCUACGCGUGGACAGCGGCUCACCUCCACUGUAAUGGGACAUUGGGCUCAGAGACUAGCGCUCUAGAACACUACGAAAAGAGUCUCGCAGCACUCGGGGAUCAAUUGGAUAUCCAUCUGGGGGUUAGGAGCGCGGAAAGAGAGCUUAGCCAGACUUGGCCCCAGCUUAUCACCCGAGAUGAUGACCUGGAUGCCGUCUCAGUGACGCUGUACUUCCUUGCCUGGACAGAUCUUCUUCUCUCGAGAAGAGCCUAUCUUAAGCGCAUGCUGAGUCUCGAGGCUUGUCUUCUGGGAAGUCGAGACCACGGUGAUCAAUCGCAGUCAGUUUACGGCAGGAUGGCUGUGUGGUUCUGCUUCCUCGAUGCUCGCGCGGCUCUGUUUUCCCAAGGUGAUGAUCGUAUCAUCCAGUGUCUGGGCAACGACUUGGGACUUAUGUUUGCUGUGGAUAGGUCCUAUAACUUUUUGCAGCAAGAAUACACUCUACUGUACCCGAAUGAAGAGCGACGAUGGGAUGAGGCUCAUAGGCCCCUGGCCCAGAGCUGCACGACAGACAAAAGCCAGGAAACAAAUACUCAAGCUUCACUUAGCGAUAUAGAACAGGAUCUCGCCACCAUUAGCGAGGAGAAAGCUGCAGAAAACAAAGUGCUAUCCAUUUACCUCACUGCAAACGCCCUCUUCCACGCAGUACAUAUCUACGCCUCCAGAGUCUACCGACCAACGGACGCAGCCUAUGCAGACACGCCGCACGCCGAGGAUAUCAUAGGCAUCACUCGCCGCUUCUACAAUAAGCUGAAGCGGCCGAGAACAGAAGCGCCGCCGACCAAGAUAUGGCCCAUCCCACUCAUCAUGGCAGCGAUUGAGGCAAAGGACCCUAUCUACAGAGACUGGGCGCUCCAGCUUAUCAAAAACUGCUCUCAGGCUGGAAAACAUUAUGUCAACGCCUGUGCUUUUGUCGAAAAGCACAUUGUCGUCGAAGGCACGCCCUAUGAAAGAGGACUUUCGCAUGGAAGACAGGUGGCUGACAAGGUCCGUGCCAACAUCGAGUAUUACAAGCUUCCAGGCAAGCUCCCGCAUUGGUCCAUCUCCUCCAAAAUCAUCGAGACCGUCUACCUCCCAGCCUUUGAGAAAUCCUACCCCACAGGCCUCGAAGAGAUCAGAGGAAUCGCAGAUGGAGCAGGUGUUACGAUCGAAGAGGUCAUCAUGCUUAAUGCUCGAUACGACCUUGGCAGAUGCAUGUAUCGACUCCAAGAUGGUGGCAAGACUCCACAGGAGCUUAACGGGCACGAUGAAUGCACGAGCGGAUUCUUCCCUCCCGAAGCAGUGGCAUCUGGUCGGGCUUUGGCUGUGCACAACUGGGACAUGUCCAGCCAUCUUUAUAACCAGGACCUCAUUAUCUACCUCGAGGUACACCCAGACCCGUCUGAGGACCGACCUUCUAUGUUUAUUCUCACUGAGGCUGGGCAGCUGAUCCGCAGUGGGAUGAACUCGGCCGGUAUGUCGGUUACUGCAAACUCGCUGCUAUCAAGCGAAGACUACGUGCCCAUCUCGCAUACCGACCAGAACGGAGUUUACCAUGAGAUCAAGAACCCCAAGCCUGUUCUCCCACUCUCAGUAGCAAGACGCGUCUUCCUUGAGUAUAGCAACUACGCCGAGGGCUUGGUGGCAAUUAACGCCUUCCCCCGCCACGUCUCAGGGAACCUACAUGUCUCGACAGCCGAAGGGUUCGCGAUGGCUAUGGAGGUCGCCCCAAGCCGCGUGUACAAGUUCUACGGAAAUAUUGAUGAUAACUACCUCAUACACAGCAAUCACUUCCUCAGUCCAGAAUUUCUGGGUCGUGAUGAUGUUUUUGAUCGUUCUCCUGGUGGGAGCACCUGGUUCAGAUGCUUACGAGCCGAGAAGGGAGUAAGAACAGAUUGUGCAGCGGGGAGAUUGACGCCGGAAAAGAUCAGGACGGCUUUUUCGGACCACCUGGCGUAUCCUGAGAGUUUGUGCAAUCAUCCGAAUCUCAAUCAGAAGAACACGCCGAGCGCUGUAUUGACUGGGUAUACAUCCAAGCAGAACAUGACUGUCGCUUUCGUCAUUUAUGAUCUGGUGGAACGGGCAAUCACUGUCUGCAAGGGGCCUCCUUGUGAGGGCGUGCUGCAAAAGUUCAAACUUCAGGAGAGGCGAUCGUUGAAGCAUUGA